AGAUUCACCACACUCCUGUCCUGACUGCUGAGGCGAGGGCAUUCACUGAACCAGCAACGACAUUCACAAGCAUCAAAUGAGGUUGUGAUGUAGAAAAACUUUCUGAGGAUAUUUCGAAAGGUUAAACAGAAAGAUUUCUAAUAGGGUCACAUCAGCCUGUCCAAUAUGAUGAAAGAUUGCCUUCAGUUUCUCAUUGAGCCAGCCAAGAAGCUCAAGUUUCGUCUGAAGGAGACGCGGAAGAGAGUGAAACAUGUAAAGAAAGAGCCAUUAACAGAGAGUCAGCUGUUUAUAAUGGAGCUCGCGCGAGAACUCAACAGGAUCUGUCAGAGGUCAGAUAUUCUGGCUCACAUCUGGGCCGGAGAGGACGUAUGGCCUCCGCACGCCUGUCGAGAGUUCAUUGUGGAGACCGCCAACAUCCUGGAGAUGAAGGAAAAUAUUGAGAAGCCCAUGCACGUUUAUGCUGAUCUGCAUCCAGAAAAGCGGGACUGGAAGAGUCAUUUACUGAGCAUGCUGGAGCAGGGUGGAGAAUAUGACAUGGGCCCGUACAAAAGGAUCAUUAUGGACUGGACCAGAGGACAGCGCAACAGACACCCGCACGGUAUCUGGCCGGGGGAGGCGGGGUUGAUGAUGCUGGAUGACGUGGAGCUGCAGUGGAAGCGGGGUCACCUGUCACACCUGCAGUCUGCCUUGGAGAUGCUCAUAGGGGUCGUGCUUGGGGAACAUCUGGACAAGGAGCUCAUUCCAAGACUGUGGCUGGUACAAAAACAAAAGACCCAGAAGAUCGAUUGCAUUGGCUACAUUCCACACAUAGUGUGGAACUGGAUAUGUGAUGCUGCAGUGGAGGUGACUUUUGACCCAGAGACGGCCAACCCUGCUCUGGUUCUGUCCGAGGACUGCAAGCGCAUGCAGUGCGGUCUGGAGCGGCGUGAGGUUCCCUGCAGCCUGUGGCGCUUUGAUGGCUGGUGGUGCUGUCUCGGCUCUGAGGGCUUCUCGUCGGGACGCCGGUACUGGGAGGUAGAAGUGGGUGACCGUGAUUGGCGUCUUGGGGUGGCCAAAGAAUCGGCUCUCUGCAAAGGCUACAGACCGCUCAACACUCAGAGCGGAUACCUCACCCUCAGGCUGGAGCGGGGCUCCGAGCUCAAGGCCCUGACCAUACCACCCACACCCCUGCCCCAGUCGCUCAUCCCGCGGAGGGUGGGGGUCUAUCUGGACUACGAGGAGGGGCAGCUGUCCUUCUAUGACACCCAGAAGCGUGCGCACAUCUACACAUACAGCGAGAGGUUCACAGAGAAUCUUUACCCAGUGUUUGGGACAGUGGAGAUGGUGCGCGAGAUGGUGAUCAGGCCUUCAGAUCUGAGGGAGCGAUGUCUCUGUAAGGGACAAUGCCUGUUCUGCUAAUGUACGUAAUGAUCGCACAAUCCUCACACACAUGGAUAUGAAGAAACUACAAACACCAUAAAACAUUCAUACAGUAAUUGAUCAAUGCUUACAAAAAAUAGAAGUGCAUAGAAGGAAUUUUACAUUUUUUUAAGAGUAGCUAAAGCUGUGAUUUCUGCACCACUAGCAGCACAAAGGAAUUGUAAAAAAUACUGUUGUUAAACAGUCUGCGAUUGGUCAGACAAACAGAUAGUCCCAGAUAGAAGUCGUAUUUUUGUAGACCAACUUUGAAGUUAGCAUGACCCUGAUUCCCUCGACAGAAAAAUUGUUUCUGUGCGAGACCAGUUGGCAUGCAGUGUUUUCACUUUUUUUUUGUUGAAGAAAUCAACCUCCAAAUGGUGUAGUCUAU